AUGAAUCCUCGAGUUGAGAUCGAUACAUCGCCACCGUUCGGGUCGGUGAAGGAGGCUGUCACUCGAUUCGGUGGAAGUGGUUCAUGGAUUCCACUCCAUGUUCUUCGACUCGCCGGUCAUGAUGUUGAAGAAAUGGACAUGGAAACAGUAGAAAAACAAGCUGCAGAACUAGAAAAAGAACUCAUCAUCAAAGAACAAGAAACACUGGAGGUGUUGAGAGAUCUGGAGUCAGCAAAAGGAGUCAUGGAAGGAUUAAAAAUCAACCUAAUGAAAGAAGUUUCCACAGUCAUCACAGCCCUCGAUUCCAAUCCCGAUUCCGGAACCACGACCCCCGUUGACCAGUCAUCGGCUAGCUUCACCUUGUGCCCGGUUCCAUUGCCUCCUGGGAUCAUCUUAACGGAGCUCAAAGCGGCUAAAUCGAAUCUAAACAAGACGACCAACGAUCUUGCAUUGAUCCGGGCUUCGGUUGAAUCUUUGAACAAGAAAUUGAGAACCCAUAAAGCAAAUUUGCUGGAUAAAGAAGGCGAAACUAAGCGUGUGAUUGAAGAAACGGUCGAUAUUUCCCACGGAUUGACAUUCGAAGCACAGCAGUUUAGAAAAAUGGAAGAGGCCGCGCAGUAUGAGGUGAUCAAGGCGACUUCGGAGAUCGAGCACACGAAAAUGAGUAUAAGAAUGGUGGAAAUGAGGUUGAUUGCAGCUAAAAAGAUGGAGGAAGCUGCAAGAGCCAUGGAAGCUGUGGCAAAUGCUGAGAAUAACGGCGAUAAGCCGUUGAUUCGUGAAGGAAUAACGCUUUCGUAUGAAGAGUACUCUGCACUUGCUCAAAAGGCGCAAAAAGCCGAAGAAAUUUGCAAGAAAAAUGAUGGUGGAAACGAGUUGUCGUACCAUCGGAAAGAUGCUAAUUUGUCGACAAUGGCAUUUCUGAAGAACUCGAUCGAACACGCCGAUGAUGCGAGAAGAAGCAGAAAAACCCUUGAAGAGGCUCUAGGGCCUAGAUCCGAUGCUGCAAACGGAAGAAACCUCGAAUCCAGAAACGGAUUUUUCCGGGAAAGAUCAGACGAUAUUCAGACAAGAAAAUCGACUCAUAAUCAUCCCAAAACCAGAAAUCCGUACCCGUUUUACGGUCACGCUCCUAGAAACUUUGGGCCGCUGAUGGGGGAUGAUUCAAACGUGAUCAACAAAGAAUCAAGGCCGGUUUUACGAUCAAGUGUCUCAAUCGGCGAUAUUUUGAGCAGGAAACUGAUCCUACAAGAUAAUAUAGUCGUUGGAGAGGAUGUUGAAAGCCAGAGUCGUAGAGACGAUGUAUCUUUGAGUGAAAUGCUUCGUGAACAAAGCGGGCUUAUAUUUCACGAAUCUCGAAAAGCGGAUAAAGAAGGACGAAUCGAUAAGCAGUUUUUCACACAAAGGAAAAAGUUCGGUUUCAUUCACGUAUCGCUGCCUUUAAAACAGAACAAGAAGAAAUCGAAUUCGCAACCUCCGCAACCAUUAAACAUGAGGUAUCCUUAGCUCGAUUUCGUCACGAAUUUAUGAUGGCUUUUUGUUUGGCUUUUGUGGUUUGGGUGUUGAUUUGUGAAAUGCGGUCGGUUACAUGAUUUGUUACUCGGCUAAUUAACCGUUAUCGGUGUAAAAUUGGUCCAGGAUUUAGAUCAGAGAACGCUUGUUUGUACUCCGAUCGCUUCGGGUUUGACUACGUUCCGAAAGUCAAAAUUAACAUAAAAUGUGUGUGAUCUAUAGGAUGUAUCUAUAUUUUCUUGAUUGUAAUCUAGAUGUAUGAAUUAUGAUAUUAAAAACAUGUGAUGAUAUUUAUUACUGUAAUAACGUGAUA